UCUUCAGGUACUAGGGGUCGAGAAAGGCGCGUCAAUAAAUCAAAUCACUAAAGCAUAUCGGAUCCUGGCCUUGCGCUAUCAUCCCGAUCGCAACCUAAAGGAUGCCCCGACGGGCGAAAAGUUUAAGGAAAUUUCUACAGCGUAUGCAAUUUUAUCGGAUCCAAAUAAACGGCGACGCUACGAUUUGAGCGGAGGAGACACGUCAGAAAUGUUUGACGACAGCACAGAGAGUCUGGAUUUGGAAAAUUUAAACAGCCUGCAAAAGGUUGUGUUUGCCAUUAUUACCAGAUUUGGUCCAAAUUUUCAGACGCAAGUCAAUGCGGAGACAUUGAUCAAGGCUA